ACAAAAGCAAACUAUUCCCAUAUUUGCUGCUUUCAGGAUGAUCCAAUCGUUUAGCUUGCUGGUGGCAUUUUAGGACAUGCAGUGUUCAUCAGGUGACUGGCGCAACCAAAAGUCUCACAAAGCCUGUGGGAACCUGGGAAUGAAGAAGGAGGUCCAGACUUCCGCCUGGCUCUUGUUCAGCUUCAUGUAUCUCCUGUUAAAUCGGGUAAUCUUCAACGAGCCUGUGGGCUGGUGAGAGAAGCAGCAGCUCAGGGAGCAAACGUUGUGGCUCUACCUGAAUGCUUUAAUUCUCCAUAUGGAACCCAAUACUUUAAAGAGUAUGCAGAGAAGAUCCCUGGGGAAUCGACACAGAAGCUCUCAGAAGUUGCAAAGGAGUGCAGCAUAUAUCUCAUUGGAGGAUCCAUUCCGGAAGAGGAUGGUGGAAAGCUGUAUAAUACAUGCACUGUCUUUGGGCCUGAUGGUGCUAUGUUGGCAAAGCAUAGGAAGAUCAAGAUAUCCAGCUAUUUUGCAGGGAUUGUUUCUGCGAAGAAGAUACAAAGCUAUACUACAAGUUCAUUUGUUUGACAUUAAUAUCCCUGGGAAGAUACAGUUCAAAGAGUCUGAAACACUGAGUCCAGGGAAUAGUUUCUCCAUGUUUGAUACUUCAUACUGUAAAGUGGGCCUGGGCAUCUGCUAUGACAUCAGAUUUGCUGAGAUGGCUCAAAUCUACGGACAGAAAGGUUGCCAGCUGCUGAUAUAUCCAGGAGCUUUUAACCUGACAACUGGACCAGCUCAUUGGGAACUGCUACAAAGGGGAAGAGCUGUUGAUAAUCAAGUCUACGUAGCUACCGUAUCUCCUGCUAGAGAUGAAAAAGCAUCCUAUGUUGCCUGGGGACACAGCACUGUAGUAAAUCCAUGGGGUGAAGUCAUAGCCAAAGCUGGGGCUGAGGAAACAGUUAUAUACACAGAUAUAGAUCUCAAGAAACUUGCAGAAAUACGUCAACAGCUUCCUAUUUUAAGCCAGAAGCGUGGUGAUCUCUAUGCUGUAGAGAUGAAAAAGUGAAGCUGGGUGAAUAGGGAAGCAGCACAAUGGCUGCUGCUUUCAUUUUCAGAAAGAUCCCCUUACUGGUUGCUCCACAAUCUACUGCUAAAUGUGCCAGUUAACUAAAAAAAAAAAAAAAAAAAAAAAGCAAAAACAAAAACCAAAAAACGGUGGUAUAAUUCUAAAAUUGAUUCAAAUACAACUUUUACAUCUCCUCUCACACUUCUGUGUUUUACAGCUAGGAUAAAGAUGGGGCUGAAAUCAGUUCAGUGCAGUAGUAGUUAAUGUUGGGUUUUAUGCAUCAUGUUUUAGUUACCUUUUUGGGAUAUUUUGUAGAACAUAGAAAUGGGAAUCUUGGUCUCUGGAUAUCCUCUGGUCAGCUUUGAUAUUGUGAAUUAUCAGGUAAUCUGCAAGCAUGACUCUUUUACCUCUGUCCUUCUUAUUUGUACGUGCCUUAACAACUCGGUUUAAAGUUUCUUAAAUGUCAAACUUCCAACUUAGAAAGCUUAAAAUUUAACACACUACGCAAAACAGGCCAAACUCCACUCUCUACUAGAGACAAUGUAAGAAGCCACCAGACAGAACUGCUACUAUAAAAUAAUCUGAUGAAGACACUGAUUAAAUCUUCCUGCCCACAGUCUCCCGGAAGACAGUUACUAGAGUUGGUCAAUGUUUAAAUGCAUUAUUGCUACUGAAGGCAACUCCUGUCAGGCUGCAUGGGAAACACUCUUUACUUCAUUGCUUCUACUGAGGAGACUAACAAACUGAUUAUUAAAGAUGGCUUUAAAAUA